AUGCGAGAAUGGGAAGCGCGCCAUGAUUUUUGGAUCUUUGCCACGCGCGAGCUGCACUUACCCAAGGCUUCAUCAAGCCUCCAACACCCGGUCGGCGACAAAGCCGAAACCAAACCCAUUCCUUAUGAACCGAAUAAAAAAUCUGCCCGCCUUGUGGACUAUGCAGAGGAUCAAUCCCAGACUCGAGCAGAGGUCGCUGGCCAAUCAGUUCACGAUCAAGCCCCCCGGUUAGACUUAAAACCAACUCAGGCGAUCAAGGAUUCCCAGAAGCUCUACGGAAGCCAUUCAGCGAAUCACUCCGGUAUUUCAUCCGCAAAAAAAGAAGCAGGGUCUUCUCCGCGAGUCAAAAAAAUUGAAGCAGAGGAUACAUCAAUUCCCAACAAGCUCGAGCCUGCCAAGUUAUCCGCCGAUUUCCUUGAAUUGUAUAAGCGAGGAAGGCCAACCGGAUCAAAGAACAUGAAGAAUAAGAGGCGAAAAGGUGCAGAUCUACCUAAGCGAACCCUUCCAUUCAAACUUGUCAGUGUUCCAUUCAAUCGCAAUCGUGAGGAAGAUUUCGUGUUGCAAGCAAUCUUCAAUCUGAAGCGAGUUGACGAUACCAAUUUUAUCGACCAUUACCUGCGCGGCAAUGAUGGAAGGUUCAAGAUAAUCAACAUACAAGAGAAUCAAAUCAAAGAAUUCUAUAAUCUAUAUCACCGUGAAUCCAGGUUGGACUACAGCGAAGAUAAUAUGUCACCGAGCGGCAGAAGGAGGAUUCCCGAGUAUGUUCUAGAACAAAGAAUAGUGAGAAGAGCGAAAUAUGCAAAAGCAGUGGAAAACUUUCGCGGUCCGACUGAAAUCAAAGAACUUAAAGAUUAUAAGCAGCAUGUUAGCAAGCAAUUCAGCCAUUUCAUAGAGAUGAUCGAGAAUACUGUUGAUCGUACACCUGGGGAAAAGAAGGAGCAGUUGAUCAAUGAAUCCAAUGCGAUUCUCGGUCUUUUACCUUUCUACCUGUUCCAUGUAGACAUGAUCAACACACUCAUCCCAAGUGAGAAAAACAAACAGUUAGUUGGAAACGGACUCGGAGCACAACGGGAAUCAGCCGGCAAGAUCUUCCUGGAAAUUGCAAGAAAAAUCAUCGCACCGGGUCAUCAGCCCAUAUGGACAGACCGAAACUUUCGACGAGAAGAUCUAAGUAUGUUUGCCCGGCAUGACUUUAAUACUGCUACUGCAUUAUGUUCCUUCAAUUGGCAGGUCCUGGGAUACUGGCUAGAAUGCACUAGAUCAAGCCAAUUUCACGAUGAUGUUACCUAUGCAAAUGGCUUGAUCCAUAACCAAUUCAAGCAUUUCCUCAAUGAUAUCAUUGCGUCGUCUAUGGAUAGAUAUGAACAGAGUAUGUAG